UUUAAAAAGAAAUUGUUAUGAGAAACUGACUUUUUAACUGAAGCAAAAUGUGGGUUUUGUAGAGGCAUUCCUUUAUAGUCGGCAAAACCCAUUGUUAUUUCUUCUUCUGUGGGAGAUUGCUUUGCUUUCUUGUUGAGAAUUGAAAAAGCUAUAGCUUUUCAGCACCGAAUUUCCCGACCUUUGUGUUCUUCUUUUAAAAAUUCAAACUUUUCUUGCUUCGUUUCUUUUUUAAUUGUUAUUAUUAUCAACAUUUUGUGGGUGUUUGGUGGAAAGGAAAAUGUUCUGAAGCUGACUAACUCCUUAUAUUCAAUGAAUUUGCUUUUCAUAUAUAGAAUAUAUAUGUAUUUAUGUUUUUGAAGAUCGGGUUUUUUUUUAGAUUAAUGGGUUUUACAGUUCAUACCUUGUCAUAAACACGCGUUAACUUUCCGUGUUGAUUUUUGGCUUUAUUAUUAUAAUUAUUAUUUUUCUUCGUUUUGUGCUGGGUUGCUUCCAUUUUCACACCAGAUCUCCAUUUGGCUUUGCUUGCAGUACAUUCAGACAUUCUUCCCGGAUCAAAUUUGGGUUGCUCUGGUAGAAGUUUGAGUUCUGUGUUUUAAGCUGGGAAUUUGUACUGAUUUCAACACGAAGAAUAGUUGGCUGGUUAUUCUUUGUACUGGGUUUAGUUGGGUUUAGUAUGCUUUUGAGACAAAGCAGUGUAGUUUGAAGGUUUAAGCCUGGAAAAAAAGAAGACUGAGAUGGCAUCUGGUGAAGGGAGGCUACACCAUCAUAAUCUUGUACCUCUUGCUGCACUGAUCAGCAGAGAAAUGAAAACUGAGAAGAUGGAGAAGCCUACUGUGAGAUGUGGACAGGCUGCUCAAUCCAGGAAAGGAGAAGACUAUUUUCUCAUAAAGACUGAUUGUCAACGAGUCCCUGGAAGUCCUUCAUCUACAUUCUCUGCAUUUGCGAUAUUUGAUGGGCACAAUGGAAAUGCGGCAGCAAUAUAUACAAGAGAGAACCUGUUGAAUCAUGUGCUUGGUGCCCUUCCCCGCGGCCUAGGGCGGGAGGAGUGGCUACAGGCUUUACCUCGGGCAUUGGUUGCCGGGUUUGUAAAGACAGACAAAGAAUUCCAGAGCAGAGGUGAAACUUCUGGAACUACAGCCACGUUUGUAAUAGUUGAUGGGUGGACGGUGACGGUGGCAUCUGUUGGAGACUCCCGUUGUAUUUUAGAUACUCAGGGAGGUGCUGUUUCGACUUUAACUGUUGAUCAUAGACUUGAAGAGAACGUAGAAGAGAGAGAACGCGUUACUGCUAGUGGCGGUGAAGUUGGGAGGCUUAGUAUUGUUGGUGGAGCAGAGAUUGGUCCACUUCGAUGUUGGCCUGGGGGUUUAUGCCUUUCUAGAUCAAUUGGAGACAUGGAUGUUGGAGAGUUUAUAGUUCCAAUACCAUAUGUCAAGCAAGUGAAGCUAUCGCGUGCAGGUGGCAGGCUUAUAAUCGCUUCUGAUGGCAUCUGGGAUGCUUUAUCCUCAGAUAUGGCCGCAAAGUCUUGCCGUGGAUUGCCAGCCGAACUUGCUGCUAGACAAGUUGUAAAGGAGGCUUUAAGGACAAGGGGCCUAAAGGAUGAUACAACCUGCGUCGUUGUUGACAUAAUUCCUCCAGAUACGCCGGUACAGCCUUCUACUCCUCCAAAAAAACAGAACAAGCUUAGAUCUCUGUUUAGGAAGAAGUCCCGUGAUUCUGUCAGUAAACUUUCGAAGAAACUAUCAGCUGUUGGAAUCGUUGAAGAGCUUUUCGAGGAAGGCUCAGCAAUGCUUGCAGAAAGACUAGGAACCGAGGAACCAAUGGGGCAAUCAACAACCGGACUAUUCAUGUGUGCUGUGUGCCAAGUUGAUCUUGCUCCAAGUGAGGGCAUCUCAGUUCAUGCAGGCUCCAUCUUCUCCACCAGCGCGAAGCCCUGGCAAGGGCCUUUUCUCUGCUCUGACUGCCGAAAUAAGAAGGAUGCCAUGGAAGGAAAGCGCCCUAGUGGAGUUAAAGUAGCAUAGAGCCUUUAAUGUUUUUACAUCACCAUUCUUUAAUUAACCCUUUAAUUUCAUAUUUUUUUUAAUUCCCUUUCCCUCAAUCCAUUUCCUUAUCUUAGGCCAGGCAUUGUUUAAAUCUUACUUUCAUUUUGCAUCAAAAUGUAUAUGUAAUGUGGACAAAAUAAUGUAAAAAGAGUGUUAGCAAUGGAAAAGUAUUUGGUUAAAGAAA